AUGGGGAUUAAGCACCUUCUGCUUCUUUUGAUUUACUUAGACCCGCUGAAUGUCCUGUGCGCCGCCACCACCAACAAAAAGAACAAAAUCCCGCCGAGGAGGAACCCAAAGGUGAAGGAGGUCAACGGCAGCACCACCGCGGUCCCGCUGUCCGUGGCCGUCCCGGGGAAGAUCACGCAGGUCCAGGCUCCCAGGGUGCAGCACGACACCUGUCUGGGCUACUACGACGUGAGCGGGACGUACGACAAAGAGUUCAGCUGCAACAACACCGAUCACCGCUUCUGUUGCGGCAGCUGCUUCUUGCGCUUCUGCUGCGCGGACCGGGGGAAGCGCCUGGAGCAGAAGAGCUGUACCAACUACAACACACCGGACUGGAUCAAAACCCAGCCCCCUUCACCGGGGCCCACAGGUGAUACCUAUGACCCGGAGCUGGACCAGACCAACACCACGGUGUACAUCACCUGCGGGGUCAUAGCGCUCGUCAUUGCCAUUGGGAUAUGUGUUAAAGUUGCCUAUGAUAAAGCCACCAAGCCCCCUCAGGAAAUGAAUGUGCACAGAGCCCUGGCAGACAUUCUGAAGCAACAAGGACCAGUUCCAAUAUCUCAGUAUGAACAUGAAAACCUUGCAGCAAUUGAUGGGUCACCCAAAGACGAGACGCCGGUCAGAUCCUCGAAGAGUCACUACACACCUGUUCACACCAAGGCAUCGAACCACGGACACUAUGGGAAAGAAAACCUGCGCGGCGGGGGCCAAGACAUGCACAACUUCAUCUCCUCUGGGUUUGUGACACUCGGACGUGGCCACUUGAAAGAGAGACCCCAGCGGAUGAACAACAUCCUGACCUCAGCCACGGAGCCCUACGACGUGUCCCUGUCCAGAUCCUUCCAGAACCUCAGCCAUCUGCCGCCCUCCUACGAGGUGGCCCUCAAGUCUGACUUAAGUAAAUACUCCUCCUCUCUCCACAGAUUAACAAGCAAAGACGUAGAUGACUACUACGCGAGGAAGCAUCAUCAUCCUGACUUCGGCGGCCGGGGGCCGACCCACAUGGUGAAGCUGAACCACCAGCAGCACCAGCAGCGGCAGCGUCCCCGCCGAGUCCAGAGGGCCAUGUCCCAGGACCACGUCCUGUCUCCUCCCCGGACACCACGUCGCGGGGACUAUGGCUUGUCUUCGUACGGCGUCAUGGCGGCGGCCGCGUACAGCAGCAGCCGACACCUCUCAGAGGAGCAGCUGCUGUCGGCAGAGCGCCUCCACUCCCAGGAUCCCUUGCUGUCCCCUGCGAUGAGGCGUGACAAGUUCCGGGAGAAGGCGAUGGCUCGGGCAAUGUCGCACGGCGACAUGCUAAUGCCCAUCACGCCCGUCAUGGACCGCCACAAGAUGACCAAGAUGCACUCUCAACCCACUGCCUCUAACGACUCCUACAACACGCUGACGGUCAACAACCAAGCGAGCACGUCUAAGAGGCAGGCGUUUGCCUCCCGACGAACACACACGGUGGACCACCUACAGUACAUUCCGGGCCACCACCACACAUACCGCACUGCCAGUAAGAACGAGGUAACUGUUUAGCCGCAGAGCGGUCAGCUGAAGGAUUCCUGAGACACGCCACGGACGUCGACAGAAAUCUCGAAAAUCAGCAAGUCUCCUCAGCAGAGGU